UAAUCAGGAAUGUAACAAACAUAAAGAGGAAGAAAGAUUAAAAAAAGUUAGAGUUCAAAGAAGAUAAGAUCGUAGACAGAAGAUCCGAAAAAAAAAUCUCUAAAUAAGAAGGCUUUAUGUUUGAAAUAUUAUUUUGUUGGUCCUGGCAAUAAUGGCAAAUUAAUCUCAAAUUAUUUAUCUCAAUAAUCGUAAUAAGAAUCAUUAAUUGAUUUUUUAGAGGAUGGAAACUUUUAGAUGCAGAAAAUGGAAAGUCAUCAAAUGAUUUUUAUUUGAAAUGGGUUCAAACUAAUUCUGAAAUUCAAUUCUAAUAUUUUAAAGAGGGAUAGUAAAUAAUUAAUCAUUUACCUAAUCAUAUGAUUCUUACAUCUAAAUAACUUAUCAUUUAAACUAUGAAAGAGUAUGAAAGGUAAAAUAAAUGUAAUUUGUUUGAUUGAUUUAGAAUUAUAAUUCAAUUCAUCGCAUUUCUUUCCUGAAACAUAUAGAAUUGAUUUGACUUAGGAAUUUUUAAGUAAUGAGGAAGAUCAAUUUUUGAAAACAGAUAAUUCAACUGUUUGGAUAAUAAAACCAACUUAUUUUAAUUGUGGAAGAGGAAUAAAAUUAUGUUCAAAUGCAAAAAAACUUAAAUAAGAAUUUUAAAAGUAAGAUUUUAUUGUAAUUAGACUAAAAUAAAUAUCAAAUUCCAUAAAAGCAUCAAAAGGUUUUUUACCUAAUGGUGUUUUCACUCCAAAUCUUCGAAAAUGUAUAGUCUAAAAAUAUAUUUAAAAUCCUCUAUUACUAGAUGGUCGUAAAUUUGAUAUUAGAUGUUAUGUUUUAAUUGCUACUUCGAGACCCUUAUUUGUAUUAUUUUAACAUGGUUAUUUACGUUUAUCUGUAGACAAAUAUAAUGUUGAAGAUAUGGAUGAUGAAAAAAAUCGAUAUAAACACUUAACUAAUGCUGCUAUUUAAAAAAAACAUCCUUCUUUUAGUUCAUCUAAAGAAUCAACCAUUUGGUCUAUGCAAUAAUUCGAAGUAUUUCUCUAUAUUAAUUAAAAAGUAAUAUUUAAAAGAAAAAAUGAGUGUAACAUAAGAUUAAAUUGAUAAAAUUUAUUUGUAAAUGAAGAGAAUAUUUGCUCAUAUCAUUAGAUGUGCAGCAGAUAAGUUUGAAAAAAGAUUAGGAACUUUUGAAAUGAUGGGAUGUGAUAUAAUGAUAGAUACAAAUUUGAAAGUUUAUCUCAUAGAAAUGAAUACCAAUCCUGCAUUAUUUUUAGGUAAGUUCAUUUAAUUUUAAUCUAUUAGAUACUACUACUUAAGCUUAAGUUAUACCUCCAGUAGUGCAGUAAACUUUAGAUUUAGUCAUUUAUUUAAAUGAUGAAAAGAACAAACCAAUAGAAAAAUGUCUUUAAAACACAAACAAAUUAAAAUUAGGUAAUUGGGAGGUUAUUCAUAAUGAAACAAUUAAUUUUAAUUUAGUUGCAUAAUGA